UUUCAAAUGUGGCUUUCUGGGUUUUCCAGUUUGCUGGUGGGUGGAUCUGGAGUGGGCAUCCCAUCUGCACAUCUGGCAGGGACGCCUUCCAGAUUUUCCUUGUGACUCAGGAUCAGUUUCUGAGUGCUGGGCGGGGCAAAGGCUCCUGAAGUCGCUGUGAGGCACCUCCCCCUGUGAGCAGAGAUUGGUACAGCCCAAAUAGUUUUCAGGUUAAGAAAGCCAGAAUCUUUGUUCAGCUGCACUGGCUGAACAGACUUAGUGGGGUUACCUGGCUAAGAGCAGCAGCAGCAGCAGCAGCAGCAGCAGCAGCAGCAGCAGCAGCAGCCGUCGCAGCAGCCACAGCAGCCGCAGCAGCAGCAGCCACAGCACCAGGGCUCCUGAGAUAACUCAGACUUAGUUGGCUAACAUGGGUCCUCCUCUGAAGCUCUUCAAAAACCAAAAGUACCAAGAACUGAAGCAGGAAUGCGUCAAAGAUGGCCGGCUUUUCUGUGACCCCACCUUCCUGCCGGAGAAUGAUUCUCUGUUUUUCAACCGUCUGCUUCCAGGAAAGGUUGUGUGGAAACGUCCUCAGGACAUUUCUGAUGACCCUCAUUUGAUUGUGGGCAACAUCAGCAACCACCAGCUGAUCCAGGGGAGACUGGGGAACAAGUCAAUGAUCCCUGCAUUUUCCUGUUUGGCUGUUCAGGAGUCACACUGGACAAAGGUAAUCCCCAACCAUAAGGAACAGGAAUGGGAUCCUCAAAAGCCAGAAAAAUAUGCUGGAAUAUUUCGCUUCCGUUUCUGGCAUUUUGGAGAAUUGACUGAGGUGGUAAUUGAUGACUUGCUGCCCACCAUCAAUGGAGAUCUGGUCUUCUCAUUCUCCACCUCCAUGAAUGAGUUUUGGAAUGCUCUCCUGGAAAAAGCUUAUGCAAAGAUGCUAGGCUGUUAUGAGGCCUUGGAUGGUUUGACCAUUACUGAUAUCAUCAUGGACUUCACCGGCACAUUGGCUGAAAUCGUUGACAUGCAGAAAGGAAGAUACACUGAUCUUGUUGAGGAGAAGUACAAGCUGUUCCGAGAGCUGUACAAAACCUUCACCAAAGGGGGUCUAAUUUGUUGCUCCAUUGAGUCUCCCAGCCAGGAGGAACAAGAAGUUGAAACAGACUGGGGCCUACUGAAGGGCCAUACCUAUACCAUGACUGAUAUUCGCAAGCUCCGCCUUGGAGAAAGACUCGUGGAAGUCUUCAGUGCUGAGAAGCUGUAUAUGGUUCGCCUGAGGAAUCCACUGGGAAGACAAGAAUGGAGUGGCCCCUGGAGUGAAAUUUCUGAAGAGUGGCAGCAACUGACUGUAACAGAUCGCAAGAACCUGGGGCUUGUCAUGUCUGAUGAUGGAGAGUUUUGGAUGAGUCUGGAAGAUUUUUGCCAAAACUUUCACAAACUGAAUGUCUGCCGCAAUGUGAACAACCCUGUUUUUGGCCGCAAAGAACUGGAAUCAGUGGUGGGAUGUUGGACUGUGGAUGAUGACCCUCUGAUGAACCGAUCAGGUGGUUGCUAUAACAACCGUGAUACCUUCCUGCAGAAUCCUCAGUACAUCUUCACUGUGCCUGAGGAUGGCCAUAAGGUCAUAAUGUCACUGCAGCAGAAGGACCUACGCACUUACCGCCGAAUGGGAAGACCUGACAAUUACAUCAUUGGUUUUGAGCUCUUCAAGGUGGAGAUGAACCGCAGAUUCCGCCUUCACCAUCUGUAUGUUCAGGAGCGUGCUGGGACUUCCACCUAUAUUGACACCCGUACUGUGUUUCUGAGCAAGUAUCUGAAGAAGGGCAGCUACGUGCUUGUCCCAACCAUGUUCCAGCAUGGCCGCACCAGCGAAUUUCUACUCAGAAUCUUCUCCGAAGUGCCUGUCCAGCUCAGGGAGCUGACAUUGGACAUGCCCAAGAUGUCUUGCUGGAACCUGGCACGUGGCUACCCAAAGGUGGUUACCCAGAUCACUGUUCACAGUGCUGAGGGCCUGGAGAAGAAGUAUGCCAAUGAACCCGUAAAUCCAUAUCUGGUCAUCAAGUGUGGAAAGGAAGAAGUCCGAUCCCCUGUCCAGAAGAAUACUGUGCAUGCCAUUUUUGACACACAGGCCAUUUUCUACAGAAGGACCACUGACAUUCCUAUUAUCAUCCAGGUCUGGAACAGCAGAAAAUUCUGUGAUCAGUUCCUGGGGCAGGUUACUCUGGAUGCUGACCCCAGUGAGUGCCGUGAUCUGAAAUCUCUGUACCUGCGUAACAAGGGUGGUCCCACUGCCAAAGUCAAGCAAGGCCACAUCAGCUUCAAAGUUAUCUCUAGCGAUGAUCUCACUGAGCUCUAAAUAUCCAAUAUCAGAGAAUCCUGACAGUUUUCCAUCUUUUUAUGUCAGGUACCAGGUUUUAGCUAAAAUUCACAGUUACUGAAACUCCACAUUUAUUAACGUUUCCUCUUUUCUGAUGUUUCCCAUACCUCCCGAUCCAAGUAGCAUCAGUAGCUACAGAACCUAUAUACCUCCAGCAGCUGGACAGGGGGAGGUGACAGUCCCAUCUGGAGAUCACAUAUUUGCUGAGAAAAGAUCCUUAGGGCUUCCGGGGGUGAGAUUCAAGUGGGACAGUAACAAGAAUCUGGACAUGCUACAUGUGUCUCUGUUGUUUCCACUUGCCCAACAUAUCUUCCCUGUAGGGCAUAUUGAGGAAGCAGGAGAGGCGAUCAAGGCCAAGCUGGUCUAGCCUGACAUCCCAUCUCCUGACUGACACUACAGAUUUACCAGCAAAACUUUACCAAUAGCAAGAGCUGACUUUAAUGGUCCCAGCCCUUACCACCACCACCACCACCACCGGAAAGUGUAGUCCUGCCCUAAUUCAAGUCACUCCCCCAUAGUGUUUUAUCUUCAUGUUGAGGAAGCUUCCUAGGUGCUUAAUCAAGAGCUGGAGUUCAAUGAGGCUGAGACAAUGAGAGGGCUUGAACUUCAGUAAAGUGGAAGCUAGCUGUGUGCCACAAGAGGGAAAAGUGGAAGAAGCUGCAGUGGGAGACAAAGCCUCAGUCCCCCAUCCAUCCACACACACCUACACUCACACAUGCGCAUGUAGGUGCGCACGAACUACCAUUCAGACAGUCAGUGGGCAAGAGUAAGGACUAGUGAAGUAUCAUGCAUACCAAAAAGAUGAAUGAAUCCAUUCAGUAAUAGGUCAGCCAGUUUGGGGUCCCUGACUACAAUGUGAAACCUCUUGCUGCUGCUAGAUUUACAAACAAGCCCAUUGCCCUGUGCUUCCUAAUAUCAUCGGUACUGAAAAUGCUAUAUGGGAACCUGAGAGUCUGGGUCCCACCCAGACCCCCUCAGGCUUCUCCCUCUGUUGGGAAGCUCCACUCCCCAAGGGUUUGUUUUUCAGUAUGUCUACAAAAUUUCCUUGUGAAUCAGUCAUUAUAUGUGCUUCCCUUCACCCUCAUCUAUCAGUAUUCUGCCCUUUUUCAAGGCCCAGCGUAAAGUCCACCUCCUCCAUGAAGUUCAUUCAAAUUCUACCCCCAAACCCCACCUCCAACAAUAUUUCAGUGCUUUUGCAAUGACGAAAAAAAUAAACAUAGUCGUAGUACUUAGUGUAGUUCAGCAUGCAUUCAUUUAAAAAUACAUUUUGUAGCUCCUUUUUUACCUUAAUCAUUUUCUAUCACAUGUUGCAGUCUUUGUAACUUUUACAAUGCCUUUGCCACAGUGCCUUACAAAAAAAAAAUCACAAUAAAGUUCAUACUCAAUAAAUUGA